AUCUCAAGCCCUAAAACGUCUGGUUCUCUUAGCUUCCAGAUGGGUAAUAAUGCUUAUGCAUCCUCGUCUUCUUCCUCCAAUUCAAACCUCACAAUUCUAAUUCUAGUCAGAGAAAACAUAUAUUGGAGGAUCAAUGGCCUCUCUACUCACAUAUGCUCAUACAUUAUAAUAUAUAUGCAUAUAUAUAGGGCAAAACAAAGACUUGUGGUGGACCAAUGGAUACUUUUUCUUCUUCUUCUUCUACUCAGUCGCUCACAUUCUACGAUUUCCUUGAUCGAAUGAGGAACCCUGCUUCUCUCGAUCUUGUUCGAUCCAUCAAAAGUUUUAUCGUAUCAUUUUCUUUUUAUGCGGCAAAUACUGAAAAUGAUGGCAAAAGUUUACAAGAUUUUCUCUUGACAAUGGAAGCUGCUAUUAGGGAUCAUCCAUUGUGGGCUGGUGCUUCAGAGGAAGAAAUUGAUUGCGCUAUUGAGGGUUUGGAGAAAUAUGUCAUGACAAAGUUGUUCUCUCGGACAUUUACAUCCCCCGAGGAUGCCAAGAUUGACCAGGAAAUUUCAGAGAAAAUAUGCUUGUUGCAAUACUUUUUGAGGCCUGAGCAUUUGGAUAUUCCAGAAGUUUUUCAUAAUGCAGCUUCAUGGCUGCUUGCAGAGAAAGAAUUGCAGAAAAUCAAUGCUUUCAAAGCUCCUCGUGAGAAACUUCUGUGUAUUCUGAAUUGUUGCAGAGUCAUCAAUAAUUUGCUGCUCAAUGCAUCAGUGUCAGAAAAUCGUGUACCUGGGGCUGAUGAUUUUCUUCCUGUACUUAUAUAUAUUACGAUCAAGGCUAAUCCUCCUCAGUUGCAUUCAAACCUCAAGUUCAUCCAAUUGUACCGGAGGCAGGCAAAACUUGUCUCGGAAGCAGCUUAUUAUUUCACAAACCUUGUCUCUGCCAAGUCAUUUAUUGUUGACCUAGAUGCCCAGUCACUUUCCAUCAAUGAAACUGAAUUCCAGGAGAGCAUGCAAACUGCCAGAUUGGCCAUUACAGGGGCACAGAUAAAAUUCCCACUUGCAUUACACAAAACAGAAGCUCUGCCAGUUCCUUCAACAAGAGGAAGAGGGCAUAAUGAAGUGACACAAAAUGAACCCUCUCCCUUGUGCACAUUGGAUGAGGUAGUGGACUUGGUUGGUCAGUCAGAUCUGGGGCCUUCUAAAGGAAUGCAGGGUAGAGAAGCAAAUAUUAAUGGCGGAUCAUGUUAUCCUUUUAUGGAGGCCGAGGCUGGUGAAUUGACCAUAGGGGAUGUGGAGAAAUUGCUGAACUUGUACAAGGAUGUGGUGAAAAAGUACACAAGCCUUUGCAGUGCUGUCAGACACUUGACUGUUUCCAAGAUAGAGCCCUCUGUUCCUCAUCUAAAAGGAACCAAUGCCCAACCAACUCCACCAAACCAAGAAACAAAUAAAGAAAGAUAAUAAAAUACGAAAAAUGAGCAACAACAAAUUUGUAAGUACCCUAUAGAAUUGUAGUUUACAUUAAUUUCUAUUAUAUUUAACUACUUAAUUGGGUAUGAAAGGAAAUGUUGCCAUUUGCACUUCGUGCUAAUUAUGUUUCUGAAAUUUUGUUGAUCAAUAAUAAAUUAAGGGCAUACUCGUGAUACAAUUCA